AAUAAUGAAAAUAACAUUUAAUAAGAAUAAAGCAAACCCUAUUUUGGCAUGUAGAAAGGCAAUAAAUUAGUCCUGUAAUAACAUGUUUUCCAUGUACUCCCUGUUCACAUUCCCUUAGUCUAAAGCCAAGCCAAAUGGCAAAGUGAAGAGUUGCAGCUGUAGGGCUUUACUGGAAGUCAAGGGGGAUGGAGAUAUUUUGGACAGAGAGUCAAGAAGGCGUGCUGACAGACGAUUCAUAAGGGUCAAAAUAAGCUCCAGAGCAACUGAUUCUUGAUCAUUUUCAUGUUUACUUUUAUUGCGAUUGGACACAAAAGCUGUUCGUGAAAGUGCCACUUUUGGAGGAGUCUGUAAUUCUCUAUCAAUUUCCAACAGGCCGUCUUCUCUAUGGAUUGUACUUGCAUUCUCCUUGCCCUACUCUCCACCCUGGCUUCUUUAAGUCCCACUAUGGGGUGUUUCUGUGAUCAUUACCCAUGGAGUUCCUGGUCCCAAUGCACUAAAACCUGUGAUUCUGGUACUCAAUCACGUUUAAGGGCUGUCCAGUAUGAUGAUCACUGGUUAAAAAACAGCUGUUCCCAGCUGUGUCAGAUACAUGAUAAUAGAGUGUGUAAUGUUGAGGCCUGCCCUAUAAACUGCCAGCUGACUGAGUUUGGACCCUGGUCUGAGUGUUCAUCUUGUGCCAAAAAGUCAUUCAGAAUCAGGUCUGUGUUGAGGCCAUCUCAGUUCGAAGGAGCCAACUGCAGUCAAUCUCUUAUGGAGGAAAGAGUCUGUCAUCCUUUCAAGGAAUGCAGGAUUGAGCCUUUGAACUGUAAAGACAAGUUCACCUGUGACACUGGAAGAUGUAUACAUGCUGAUCUGCAAUGCAACGAUCAGAACGACUGUGGUGACAACUCUGAUGAGAGAGACUGUGAGCGCAAUAAAAGUGUGUGUUCAAAUCAGCAGAUGUAUGCUUUCGUCCCUGGAGCAGACCAGAUUGGUUUUGGAUUUGAUGCUGCAGCGGAGCAGAUGAGAGGUGCUGUUCUGGACAACUCGUUCAUGGGAAGUAAUUGUACUGUAGAAAAACUAAAGAGGAACCUCUACAGAAUCUCAGCCAACACUGAGAGAUAUGAACUCAAGAUCGAAACCUUUGAGGAUUUUCAACAAAAAGAAACCAAAUCCCAAAAAAUCGAUCUGGCCAAAGAACCCCUUUACAGGGAAGCAGUGAAAGCAUCUCAACAAAAGGACUCUGUGUUUUACCGCGUGGAUCAAGUUAUUGCAACAUCAACAUUCAAAGUAAAAUCCUCUGACCUCUAUUUAUCAGAUCAGUUCCUUCAGUUUCUAAGCAGCCUACCCUUGGAAUACAACUACGCCCUUUACAGGCAUAUAUUCCAGCUGUUUGGAACACAUUAUUUCAGCUCUGGGACAUUAGGAGGGAAGUAUGAGCUACUUUUCCAAUUCGAUCGAGAAGAACUGAAAACCUUUGGGCUUAAAGAAAGCGACUCAGAGUACUGCUUGUCUCAUGAUGACACACUCGUCACAUUUUUUUAUAAUAGACAUUCACAAAAAAACACUUGUGGGAAUAUUUCUAUGAAAACCAAAUAUGAAGGGUCAAUGGUAAAAGCAUCAAAGAUCUGUAUCACAUCUGUACAAGGAGGAGAUCCAUAUUUUGCAGCAGCACUGGCCUGGGAGAAGAACUGCGUUUCACCAGCGAGCCCUUUAAUCACAGACUGGAUCAAGUCUACUAUAAAAAAUCCAGUGGUUAUUCAUUUUGAGCUUUUGCCUUUAGUGAAUUUGGUGCGGGGCAUCUCUUGUGCUGUGACAAAAAGACGCCACUUUCAGCGGGCACUGGAGGAGUACCAGACCGAAUUUGACUCCUGCAAAUGUGCCCCCUGUCCGAACAAUGCUUGGCCGGCUCUUUCAGGAACCGAGUGCCUUUGUAUAUGCCAGACUGGAACAUAUGGAUCAAACUGCGAGAAACGAGCACCGGACUACACCUCAG